AUGAUGACCAUAAUGAAAAUGAUGACUGUGGAUGAUGAAGCAGAUAAAGCGCCUCAGACUGAGAUUCCAAAUGAUAUGUAUGUUAAAUUGGUUUCAUCAGAUGAUCAUGAGUUUUAUGUUAAACGUGAUCUUGCUCUUACCUCUCAAACAAUAAAAGCAAUGUUAAGUGGACCUGGACAAUAUGCUGAGAAUGAAACAAAUGUUAUACAUUUUCGAAGUAUUAGUUCACAGGUUCUUGGACGUAUAUGCUCAUAUUUUGCUUAUAAAUCACGAUAUUCAAAUUCAACAAUUGAAAUACCAGACUUUCAAAUCGCACCCGAAGAAGCACUUGAAUUACUUAUGGCAGCAAAUUUUCUCGACUGUUAA